AUGGCGCCGGCGCUGCUGAGGCUGCUGCUGGCGCUCACCGUGGCCGCGUGCUGCGCCGUCGCAGGGGCCGCGGCCGGCGGCCGCCGCGGCCGCGUCGACCUGUGGCCAAUGCCGGCGUCGGUGAGCCGCGGGGCCAGGACGCUCUACGUGGCCAAGGACCUCCGGCUGUCCACGGCCGGGAGCGCCUACGCCGACCGGAAGGCCAUCCUGGCGGGUGCCUUCACGAGGAUGCUGGCCGUCGUCCAGAUGGACCACGCCAUCAACGGCAGCUACGCCGGCCUCCCCGUGCUCGCCGGCGUCAAAGUGGCCGUCCACUCUGCGGACGACGAGCUCAAGUUCGGGGUGGAUGAGUCGUACAAGCUGACAGUGCCCGCGACCGGGACUCCAAUCUACGCCCAAAUCGAGGCCCAGACAGUUUUCGGGGCGCUCCAUGCUUUGGAGACAUUCAGCCAACUGUGUUACUUCGAUUUCGUUCUGGGUGUGACUGGGCUCCAUUCGGCCCCUUGGACUAUCGUCGACGCGCCCAGGUUUCCUUACCGAGGGCUUCUUAUUGAUACUGGAAGGCAUUAUCUUCCUAUCCCAGUAAUCAAAGGUGUAAUCGAUUCAAUGACCUACAGCAAGUUGAAUGUUCUCCAUUGGCACAUGGUGGAUGAGCAGUCCUUUCCUCUCGACAUACCUUCAUACCCAAAGUUAUCGAAUGGUGCAUACUCUUAUUCUGAAAAAUAUACAAUGAAUGAUGCACUCGACAUUGUACAAUAUGCUGAAAAACGAGGUGUGAAUGUCUUGGCUGAGAUCGAUGUCCCUGGCCAUAGUCGCUCGUGGGGUAUAGGAUAUCCGGCACUGUCACCAUCAGCUACCUGUCAACAACCACUUGAUGUCAGCAACGACUUUACAUUUAAAGUGAUCGAUGGAAUUCUGUCAGAUUUUAGCAAGGUUUUUAAGUUCAAGUUUGUCCAUUUGGGAGGGGAUGAAGUCAAUACAAGUUGCUGGACUACCACACCACGCAUUAAAACAUGGUUGCUUCAACAUGGUAUGAAUGAGUCGGAUGCCUACAGAUAUUUUGUGUUGAGAGCUCAACAGAUAGCAAUAAAACAUGGCUACGACAUUAUUAACUGGGAAGAAACAUUUAACAACUUUGGGGACAAGUUGGACCGCAAAACUGUGGUGCAUAACUGGCUCGGAGGUGGAGUUGCAGAGCAAGUGGUUUCUGCUGGUCUGAGAUGCAUUGUAAGCAACCAGGAUAAGUGGUACCUAGAUCACUUGGAUGCUUUAUGGCAAGGAUUUUAUAUGAAUGAACCAUGGACAAAUAUCUACAACCCGGAACAACGGAAGUUGAUUCUUGGUGGUGAGGUAUGCAUGUGGGGUGAACACAUAGAUGCAUCUGACAUUCAGCAAACCAUUUGGCCCCGUGCUGCGGCAGCUGCAGAGCGGCUGUGGACACCCCUUGAGAAGCUCGCAAAGGACCCAUCAACAGUCACUGCAAGAUUGGCACGUUUCAGGUGUUUGCUGAACGAAAGAGGGGUCGCUGCUGCACCGCUGGCUGGCUAUGGCCGCACGACACCAUCAGAACCAGAUUCCUGUAUAAGGCAGUAGGAUAUUUGGUAAAUACCAUUCAUACAGGAAUAAACAUC